AUGAGUAACCAAGGUGACGACGAUCACGACAACGUGCAGGCCCUGGCCGAGUUGGUGAACCCAACACUGAAUCAGCUGACCGAAGCAAUCGGUCAACUCAUCCAGCAGCAGCAGGAAGCAACCUCUCUUCUGAGAGACGUAUUGCUGAAGCAGCCCGAGAAGGAGAACGUCGAGGCGGGCGAGGCCACUAAAAAAGAAGAGGUCGGCAAAACUUCCACCGAUCCCUCCAAAUCACCUCGUGGGUUCUCUCUUCCUGAAGCCACACCCCGGGCGGAGACAAUGGAGCACGCUCCUGCAGAUUAUCCACAUCGGAGGCUGGCCUAUGCUCCGGCAGCGAAAAGACCGGGAUUGUGUACGGGCUGUGGACACAUCCCCUGCUCAAGUCCAGUGUCUGAUCACCAGCUGACUGACGCGCUUAAAGCCGUGAAGUUGUUGAAGGCACCUGAAGGAGGGCCUUUUCAGGGCAUAGCAGAUGAUAGAACUGGUAUGUCAUUCCAGAGGGAG